AUGGACGCCGGCGGGGCGCAGCCGCCGGACGCGGAGAUGGCGGAGGCCGGCGCCGCGGCGGCGGCCGCGGCGGGGUCGGCGCCGGGCGGCGCGAUGGACAACAUCCAGGCCACGCUCACCCACGGCGGGAGGUUCAUCCAGUACAACAUCUUCGGCAACAUCUUCGAGGUCACGGCCAAGUACAAGCCCCCCAUCCUCCCCAUCGCCAACGCCUUCGACAACAAGAUCGACGCCAAGCGCACGCUGCGGGAGAUCAAGCUGCUCCGCCACAUGGACCACGAGAAUAUUGUUGCAAUAAGGGAUAUUAUACCUCCUGCACAGAGGACUGCAUUCAAUGAUGUCUAUAUUGCAUAUGAAUUGAUGGACACCGAUCUGCAUCAAAUUAUUCGCUCAAAUCAAGCUUUAUCGGAGGAGCACUGCCAGUAUUUCCUUUAUCAGAUCCUUCGUGGCUUGAAGUAUAUACAUUCAGCAAAUGUUCUCCACCGAGACUUGAAGCCUAGCAAUCUUCUAUUGAAUGCAAACUGUGACCUAAAAAUUUGUGAUUUUGGACUUGCUCGUACCACCUCAGAAACUGAUUUUAUGACUGAGUAUGUUGUGACAAGAUGGUACAGGGCACCAGAGCUUCUGUUGAACUCCUCUGAAUAUACUGCAGCAAUUGAUGUGUGGUCUGUGGGCUGUAUAUUUAUGGAACUGAUGGAUCGGAAACCUUUGUUUCCGGGAAGGGACCAUGUCCAUCAGCUACGCCUACUAAUGGAGCUCAUUGGAACACCAAAUGAGGCCGAUUUGGAUUUUGUAAAUGAAAACGCAAGAAGAUAUAUCCGCCAACUUCCCCGUCAUGCAAGGCAAUCAUUAUCUGAGAAGUUUCCACAUGUUCACCCUUCAGCAAUUGACUUGGUUGAAAAGAUGCUGACUUUCGAUCCUAGACAGAGAAUAACAGUUGAAGGUGCACUUGCGCAUCCUUACUUGGCAUCGCUGCAUGACAUAAGUGAUGAGCCAGUCUGCACGAUGCCCUUCAGCUUUGACUUCGAGCAGCAUGCGUUGUCGGAAGAACAAAUGAAGGAUCUAAUCCACCAAGAGGGCAUCGCGUUCAACCCUGAUUACCAGUAG